GAACCGACCACCAUCGCGACAACAUCCUUACGUCCAUUCGCGACACUCUCGACGCGCCGGCGGGUGCCCUUUUUCGCACAGAGUUCUUCGAAUAAAUGCGACGCGACGCGAUCUGCGACGAUAAGCCUACGCGCAUACGCGACUUCCUCACUGACGCGCUCACGAGAAAACAAACUUGAGAUCGAGACAUGUCCAUUGUCCUGAACCGAUUUCCGCUAGAAAACAUUGGAAUGAACGGAGGCGCGACGGGAAAGAGACGCAGCGCGCGACUGUCGGGCGAAGGCAAUGGCGAAAGUGAGCCACCAGCGAAGAAAGCAAAGGUCCAGGGCGGUUCUACCACGACGGUGACCACGAAGCAGCAGGAUGGCGAGCCCAAGAGAGCCGCGGGCAAGAAGAAACGGCAGGAAUAUACAGAUCAGGCAGACGAUUUUCAAUUCGCUCGAAAGGGCAGCAAACGGAAGAAGGCCACCAGAGAUGCUGUGCUGCAUAGCAAUCUAGAGGACGCACCGGCGCCAGAAAGCGCACCUGCCGUAGAGCCCGAAAAAGAAGCAGAAGCACGGCCAGAGCCUGUAGCCGAGGCGCCAUUGUUGAAGACUGUACAGAAGAAAACUCGCAGAAGACUGCCAACGACACCAGAACGCGAGGUUAUCGAGAAGCCCACACGUCGCAGUAAGCGUAUCUCAGAUGAGAGGCCGGCAGAGGCUGUUGCAAGUCAGCCUACACCACACAAAUCAGCCCACGCGCAGUCUCACGAGAAUGGAGAGAGGUCGCCGAGUCCUGGACGAGGGCGGCCCAUUUCAGUUACGAAGAAGCGAUCUCAAGGAGAUGAGGGUCGACGUGAGACGCAGGUGAUGCAGAUUGCAUUGCCCUUCGCCGAUACCCCCAUUCAACGGCGGAAUAAAGAGAUGCGUAAGACGAGCGCUGAAGGGAACAGACGCAGUAGCACUGGCAUGCGAGGGAAACGUGCGAGCAGCGUGAUAGAUGAGGGCAGAGGGCAUGCUCUCCCACAUGCCGAAGUCCCUGCCACGGAGUUCUACAAGCAUAUUUCUGCGGACAUUACAGAGCCGCGCCGAAUGCGAGCUCUGCUUGGAUGGUGUGGAACGAGGCUUCUACCAGCAAAACCGCACCCCCCGACUCAGAGCACGCCGGCCGCAAUGCUGGAAUUCCAGGCGCAGCAAGCAGCACAUGUUAUACAAGAAGAACUUUCGCAAAGUCUUCUGACCAAUGGCACACUCAGCGAUUGGUUCUCGAGAGACGAAUCGGUGCCACCUCAAAUUCCCCUACGAAAGAAAGCCAACCCCAGAAAUAUCGCCAAUGCUGCAAAAGCAGACGAACUUGAACGGGAGCUUGAACGAUUAAAAGCAGAAAAAGCGGAGUGGGAUGCACUUACACAAUCGGCAGCAUCUGUGGCUCUGGGGCCCGAUCAGGAUCAACAGCAAACUGCCGGACCGGGCAACGUAUCUCCCAUUCAUCCCGAAGUCCUAGAUACUCCUCAACGCACGAUCUUCGAACAGUUGAGCUCGGUUCCGGAAGACACUGUCACCACGCCAACGACCAUACACGACCGGCUACGAACGAUAUCUGACGAUCUGGAGUUUGCAAUUGAUCAAUUUGCGCAUGGGGUUCACGCUCUCAGCACGACGAAGGAGACAGCAGAUCGCGUAGCAGAAAAGUCUCUAGCAGAAGCUGCGACUGCUCUGGAAGAACGGGAAAAGCAGCGUGCAAAGGGUAGCAAAGCUGUGGAUCAGAUGGAUGCAUUGCGAGGUCUUGCUCGGGUUCUCAACUCGCAAAGGCGAUGAUGACUCGCUCACUCCAAAGAAGUAACGAAGAGAAUGGCAACGGACUUGAUCGG